AUGUGGAGGGGAUUGAUGACGGCCCGGCUAACCAGACCUUGGUCCCAGCCGACGACACCUCCAAGGCACCUCGGUGACGAUGGAGAGACGGGCUUUAACACAGGUCUCUUUCCGACUAUUCCAGGAGCAUAUCCAGAUGAAAUCUACGAGCUUGCUGCAACAGAAUGCUUGGAAGAGGUCCACGAGUUACCGGACACAUCUGUAUCAGAAAUGCCUGAUACCUCAUCACCAAGCCCGAGGAUACCAGUUCAUCCUCAGCCUUGUUUCGAAAGUUGCCCAUUCCUAGACGACGAUUCUGAUAUAACGCGUCCGAAACAAGAAAAGUCCAGCAAGGUCAUUCCUGAGCCCGCCGCUGACAGAUUACAAGAUUCCAUGUCCAUCUCACCUUCAAAGCCAACUUUAAUUGCUGUUUUUGGGAUGCCUGGAACAGGAAAGUCUUCCUUUAUCGGGAAGGUGACUGGAACAGAGGUCAAAAUUGGCCAUGGACUACAUUCCUGUACGUUUGAGAUCCAAGAAGUGCCAUGUCGAAUUGGCGACCGUGACGUUACCCUGGUAGACACACCGGGCUUUGGUGAUACGGAACGUUCCGAGGCGGAGAUAUUACAGCGGAUAGCAUCUUGGUUGAUGGACAGGUACGAAGAAAACACAUAUCUGACUGGAGUGAUCUAUCUUCAUCGGAUCUCGGAUCCUCGAAUGACCGAAUCAUCACUGAGAAACCUGACUAUGCUGCGCAAGUUGUGCGGCACGCGGCAUCUGUCUCAUGUCAUUCUGGCAACGACCAUGUGGGAUAAAGUCAGCGAGGAGGAGGGAUCCCGUAGAGAAGCCGAAUUGGUCGCGGAGGGGAAGUGGUGGGGAGAUAUGCAGCAGCGAGGCGCCAUUGUUCGACGAUAUGACAAUACAAAGAAGGGUGCAACUGCCUUGGUGAAGGAGCUAAUAGGAAUACAGCCCUUUUUGCUGGAGAUCCAGAGAGAGAUAGGGGUUGAAAAGAAGAGUCUGAUCGACACGGCGGCUGGAAAGUCCGUUCUAAAGACUCUGAACGAUAUUCAAAAGCAGCAUGAAGAGGACCUCAGACUGGUCAAAGAGGAGAUGCAGCUAGCCUUGCAAAAGAGUGAGCAGUCUCGUAACCUAUUUAUUUUAUCAUUCCCCUGGCUGGAGAGGGAAAAUGAGAUACGCUGA